UUUUCUUUAGUGGGGUUCCCUUUUAGGAGGUUGGAUUUUCGUACUCUUGUAUUCUUUCAUUUUUCCUCAACAAAACUGAUUGCUUAUUUUAGUUAUCUUUGACUCACUGCUUUUAUUGUGGAAGAUUCAGUUUUUGAGAUUAGAUUUGUUGCCUUUCCUUUUAGGCAUAAGUCGUUACUGAAGUUAGAAGGUUCAAAGCAAUGGUGAGGUUUAAAAACCGAUACAUGGUGUUUUAAGUUCUCUUGGAUCCAACGAAAAACCUUAAAACAGAUGAUCCUAUUAUCAUUACCCAAUAUAAUGUUUCAAAAGCAAUCAAGGAUAGUAUUCUUCUCAACUUCGGGGAAUGUGGUUUUGCUUCCGCAAUUGGAUCUUUUCAAGUAUGUAAAUCCGAUCACGAAGUUAUGUAUUAUUAGAGCCUCCAGAGAGGACUACCAGAAUGUGUGGGCUGCAAUUACUAUGGUGAGGAGUAUCAGCAAUUGCCCCGUUGUAUUCAAUUUACUUGACCUAAGUGGAAAUACAAGGGCUUGCAAGAACACCGCCUUAAGGCUCGACGGAUUAAAGUUUGAGCAAUACAAACUUAUGGUUGGACAUUGUCUUCCAGAUAAUGUAAAUCUGCAAAUGCAGAACUGUCUCGAGAAUAUUGCAACUUUAGAAAACUGAUUGUAUUGUUGCCAUUUAUAUGAAAUCCAUUUCAACAUAAUUUUAAUUAGAUAGUUUA